AUGUUCACUUGGAGCGAAGAAAUCAAGGCUUUACCUGGACCUGUUGGAGUGAAAUAUAACGAUAGUAUGACUGUCCUGAAAAUACAUUUGGUAGUGAUGGGAAUCAGGGAGAAAACGAUGGUUCGUGCUGCGAAUACUGACGUACACCUUAAAUAUGACGGAGAAGGCUUAAGCGUGUUGUUGGAAGUGUUCAAAUUAAAUAAAAAGACAAAGCCGCCAAUGAAAACAGUUUUGGAUAAGCGAUUUUUUGCGAUGCCAAAGUGCCCGAGUAAAAUAUUAAAUGUUGAUUUUAAGCUGAAAAAAGAUCAGUGUAUAUUGUCUGUUCACAAAUCUUUGCCCGGUCUUUGGGCUAAUGCUCUUUCUCUAUAG